UCAGGGCUAGCUGGAAAGAUUAUAAAAGCCAUCAUCAAUGAAGGAUUUCAGAUCUCAGCUUUGCAGAUGUUCAACAUGGAGCGUGCAAAUGUGGAAGAAUUUUAUGAAAUAUACAAAGGGGUCGUUGCUGAAUAUAUGGAGAUGGUUACAGAGUUGUGUUCAGGCCCUUGCAUAGCCAUGGAGAUUAUCCAGCCUGAGCCUCCAAAAGUGUUCAGAGACUUCUGUGGUCCUUCUGACCCUGAAAUAGCCCGUCAGCUCCGACCUGGGACUCUGCGUGCUGUCUUUGGGAAGAACAAGAUCCAGAAUGCUGUGCACUGCACAGACCUACCUGAAGAUGGAAUUUUGGAGGUGCAGUAUUUCUUCAAGAUCCUGGACAACUGACAGCAUCAGUCCUCACCCAAGGCAAAAGACCUGGACACAGGCUGGUGUGUGUGUUCAUUCAUUUAUUUGUCCAAUGUUUCAACCUGACUGAAAUACAAGAUCAACAAGAGCACUGUACUCCUGGCUAUUGUUACAUGUUAGAACAUAGAGUUUUGCACUUUAGACAACAUUUAACACCAUUCUAUGGGGUUACUGCAUUGCUUUUUUUAUAAAGUUUAAAAUAAAAGAUUUAUUU